AUGAUGAACGCUGCAGGUUUGUCAUCACCAAGCCAACCGGGUCAGGUUGCAUCUCGCUCACACUAUCCCACAGACGUCGACUUGGACGAGUUCACCGCCUUCGAAGGCGGUGCUUACACGGCCUUUUCGUCCCCGGCGGUCCCCUCCGCCGUUGACUUUGGUGGCAGCAUGUCGAGCUCCACCUCCAACUUGGGCACCGUGUCACCCCAGGACCUCCUCGUGCAGGAGCCGUUCAUGUCGGCCCCCAACUCGAGCGCCCUGACGGCACUGACGUCGCCGUCCAUCUACAACGAGUCUCCGGACUUUGAUGGCUUCGACGUCUCACCCAACUUUGGAAGCACCGACCUCGAUGGUUCGGGCGACCCCUGGUAUCCGCUCUUCCCUCAGGAGUCCGUCAGCGGCCCUGAGCAGACGCGGAGCCUGGACAACUCGCCCGCCCAGCAGUCGGACGACAUCGACUCCGUCGGGCAGGGCUCUGCCGGCAGCGGCAGGAAGAAGGGCUCAGGCUCCCCCACGGGCCGCCACUCUUCGGUCGCUGGCGUCAACUCGCGCAAGCGAGACAAGCCCCUGCCGCCCAUCAUUGUCGAGGACCCCCACGACACCGUGGCCAUGAAGCGAGCGCGCAACACCCUCGCCGCCCGAAAGUCGCGUGAGCGCAAGGCUCAGCGAUUUGAGGACCUCGAGGCGCGCAUCGCGAAGCUCGAGGCCGAGCGUGACCACUGGAAGAAGAUUGCUCUCUCGCAAUCUGGCGCGCAGUAA